AUGUAUCAACCAUAUCAUCAACAAACGAACCAACAACAACUGGAUCUUCCGAUACAACAACCUAUACAACAUCAGUCACAGCCACAACAACAACAACAACAACCAUAUCACCCUUAUCAACAACAACAACAACAACAACAACAAUACUAUCCUCAACAACAACAACAACAACAACAAUAUCAACAACAGGAAUAUAAUACAUCAUAUCGUCCAACCCAACGCCAUCCUCCUCAACAACAGCCUCAAUCUCCUCCAUAUCGACCAUAUCAACUUCAACAACAACCUCAACAACAGUACCAUGUCAACAACUACAACGCCCCAAUAGACUAUAGCAACAGAUACAAUGACAACAACAACAACAACAACAACAACAGAUACAAUGAUCAAAGUGGGAGUAGGAACAACAGGAGCAGUCCCAAUGACUAUGGAUAUGACUAUGAUUACAGACAACCCUAUAAUCGCGGUCCACCACCACCUCCUCCUGCAGAGCUGUACCAACAACAAAGAUAUCAAUAUGACAACAACAACAUUAAUGGCUAUGGUGGACCACCAGCCCCGCACUACCAAGACACCUACAACUAUCGCGGUGGUCCCAACCAUUUUGCUGGACAUCCAUCAUUCAACAACAACAACAACUACUAUGACCAAAGCAUGGGCAUGCAGCAGCAUGUUGUUGGCCAACAACAACAACAACAACACACCAACUAUGCCGUGGGCGGUGCUGGUGCUGGUGGUGUUCAUCAUCCUUACAACGACACAGGAAGCAGAAGACAACAGCCUCAGACAGGACCUUUCCUCGAAGAGAUGUACAAGAAAGAUAUGAAGUUAAUGGAGAUACCACCGUCAAUCGAUGCAUACUUCAAAGCUGCUGGUGUACUCGUGUACACUGAGCAUGACAACACAAUCAAGGUGCUCAUGGGCUGUGAGGAUAGAUCUGCAAAGAAGAGACAUCCAUCAGAUCCAGCGACACUCUUCCUGCCGUUUGGUGGCAAGGUUGAGAAGGGCGAGACGGCUGUCGACACGGCCACUCGCGAGUUCAACGAGGAGACAGCCUUUAUCUUUGGCGACCGAAUCGACAGUCUGCCGCAACGCUUCCUCGAUGUGGAUAAGAACGAGAUGUCUAAUGUCGACCAGCUGUACCUCGAGUGGAUCGAUCUCAAAGAGAUAUUCGGACAGCGACAGCAACAGUUCGCACGACCCAAUGGCGAGACUGGUCAUCUGAUAUCAUUCUUCUUGCCAAUGCUUGGACAGCUCAAGGCUCACUUCAGGACUGAGUAUCCAUCAAUCGACUUGUUCUCUGCUGUACAACUAAGACAAUCAUCAAACAGCUCAGAGGGUGAUGGACCAGCCCAUCUGUCAAUGUCAAUAGACGGCAACAACAACAACAACAGUAGUACUGAUGAUACCAAUCAACUUAACGUGAGCUUAGAUCGCGAGCAAGUCGACCUGGCGAAUGAACAGAGCAAUGCUCAUGUGCAACAGCAGCAACAUCAGUGUAUAGACGACAAGAUUGGCGACGAUAACUUAGGCACGACCAAGCCACAUUAA